ACGUUUGACAAAUACAGCAUCGAAAGAGAGUUUAUCAUGACGGAGAGACUCGUACCUGAGUACAACAUGCAGGAUGGAACCUUGCCCGUCACGGGCCUUUCAGAGUUGCAGGCGCAUCUUGAGGAGCUGGUGAAUGAUCCAGCGACGCCGUUCAACGCCAAGCUGUUUGACGACGUUGAGCUUCAACUAAAUGAAUCCAACAUUCCUCCCCUCUUAACAACUCUGCUCCCUCCUCUCACAACAAUCCUCAAGCAGACAACUCAAGACCCAACACCCCUCCUCUCACUCGCCAUCAAACUCCUCUCUCCCCUGAACUUUUCCCGCUGCCUCACCAUCGCAGACCCUCCUUCUCUUCUUGCCGCCUUGGGCUCUCCCCUUCCUGGCGCAAACCUCCUCGCCUUGGCCAUCAUCCACAAAGCGGCUCGUACUCCCGGUGAUGCCGCCAUCUUGAGCACCAUUCCUGAUGUUGUUGAAGAGGUUGUGCGGAGAUGGCUCGACAGCCCUGACGUCGGGGUCGGUGAACGCGCCGCAAGAGUUUUGGGUGAUAUUCUAGAGACAGACUGCGAUGUCAUCGCCGAGGGUGAGGGCGUCAACGGCGUAUCAGCUGCGACCAACGGCAUCUUGGGCAACGAACUCGUCAAGCGCCGUGUUCCUGGCCACGCUCGUCUUUGGCGCCUUCUCUUCCUCGACCGUCAGUUCAUCACUCUUAUCACCUCUCUCUGCCGACCCGAAACCAUCGACCGCCAGGCAACCCUCGCCCAGGGCCGGCUCCUGCGCAUCCUCCCCCGUCUGGCGGCUCUCAACCCCCGCGCUCUAUCAACGACACCUUUCCCGGACAUUCUCUCUUUGCCUGAUGCAGCUGCUGAGCCGGCUGGCCAUGGGCUGCUGCAGUGGGCUGCGUUGACCAUGGUUGACACCACGGACAUGCUCAUGCACCUGAGUCUCAUCGACUUUUACGAGACGUUUGUGAGCAUCAUGCGGGUCGCGGGCAACUCGGCAGACAAGGACAAGGUUGUACGUGAUCUGGUCAAGACAGCUGCUGAUCGCGAUGAUCAGCUCAAGGCUUCCCUAAGAGGACUUCCUGAUCGGACAGUUGAGGAGGAAGCGGUACCUCUGGCCAGGUAUAUCAGCCAGAUACUCGACUGA